CUCCCCUGCCGUGCCUCCGGCGCUUGGGGCAGCCGCGCCCGCGGAGUUUUCCCUCCGGCGCUGACGGCUGCGGCGCCCGCGACUCCCCAGUGCCCCGAGUGCCCCGCGUGCCCCGCGAGCGGGAGUGGGACCCAGCCCCAGGCAGAACCCAGGCGCCGCGCCCGAGACGCCCGCGGUGAGAGCCACUCCCGCCCACGUCCCAUUUCGCCCCUCGCGUCCCGAGUCCCCGUGGCCAGAUCUAACCAUGAGCUACCCUGGCUAUCCCCCACCCCCAGGUGGCUACCCACCAGCUGCACCAGGUGGUGGUCCCUGGGGAGGUGCUGCCUACCCUCCUCCGCCCAGCAUGCCCCCCAUCGGGCUGGAUAACGUGGCCAACUAUGCGGGGCAGUUCAACCAGGACUACCUCUCGGGAAUGGCGGCCAACAUGUCUGGGACAUUUGGAGGAGCCAACAUGCCCAACCUGUUCCCUGGGGCCCCUGGGGCUGGCUACCCACCAGUGCCCCCUGGCGGCUUUGGGCAGCCCCCCUCUGCCCAGCAGCCUGUUCCUCCCUAUGGGAUGUAUCCACCCCCAGGAGGAAACCCACCCUCCGGGAUGCCCUCAUAUCCGCCAUACCCAGGGGCCCCUGUGCCAGGCCAGCCCAUGCCACCCCCCGGACAGCAGCCCCCAGGGGCCUACCCUGGGCAGCCACCAGUGACCUACCCUGGUCAGCCUCCAGUGCCACUCCCUGGGCAGCAGCAGCAGCCAGUGCCGAGCUACCCAGGAUACCCGGGGUCUGGGACUGUCACCCCCGCUGUGCCUCCAACCCAGUUUGGAAGCCGAGGCACCAUCACUGAUGCUCCCGGCUUUGACCCGCUGCGAGAUGCCGAGGUCCUGCGGAAGGCCAUGAAAGGCUUCGGGACGGAUGAGCAGGCCAUCAUCGACUGCCUGGGGAGUCGCUCCAACAAGCAGCGGCAGCAGAUCCUACUUUCCUUCAAGACGGCUUACGGCAAGGAUUUGAUCAAAGAUCUGAAAUCUGAACUGUCAGGAAACUUUGAGAAGACAAUCUUGGCUCUGAUGAAGACCCCAGUCCUCUUUGACAUUUAUGAGAUAAAGGAAGCCAUCAAGGGGGUUGGCACUGAUGAAGCCUGCCUGAUUGAGAUCCUCGCUUCCCGCAGCAAUGAGCACGUCCGAGAAUUAAACAGAGCCUACAAAGCAGAAUUCAAAAAGACCCUGGAAGAGGCCAUUCGAAGCGACACAUCAGGGCACUUCCAGCGGCUUCUCAUCUCUCUCUCUCAGGGAAACCGUGAUGAAAGCACAAACGUGGACAUGUCCCUCGCCCAGAGAGAUGCCCAGGAGCUGUAUGCGGCCGGGGAGAACCGCCUGGGAACAGAUGAGUCCAAGUUCAAUGCGGUUCUGUGCUCCCGGAGCCGGGCCCACCUGGUAGCAGUUUUCAAUGAGUACCAGAGAAUGACAGGCCGGGACAUUGAGAAGAGCAUCUGCCGGGAGAUGUCUGGGGACCUGGAGCAGGGCAUGCUGGCCGUGGUGAAAUGUCUCAAGAAUACCCCAGCCUUCUUUGCAGAGAGGCUCAACAAGGCCAUGAGGGGGGCAGGAACAAAGGACCGGACCCUGAUUCGCAUCAUGGUGUCUCGCAGCGAGACCGACCUCCUGGACAUCAGAUCGGAGUAUAAGCGGAUGUACGGCAAGUCGCUGUACCACGACAUCUCGGUACGAGCCUGCUGCAGGCCGAAUGGGCUCCCUUUUGGCAUCCCAGUCACCUGUGGAACCUCCCUCCUUGGAGUGGCCAUAUGCUUGGCCUCUGUGCUGUGUGUGGGCAUCUUGAUUAUGGACCUCAGACUUGCUCAUCCCGUUGCCCUUAAACAGAUUAUAAACUUCUGAGGGCAGGUGGGUCAUGACCUUGCUGUCGCCCCCACCUUGCAUCCUCCAGCAGCAUCAGAGAACACUCGGGACCUCCCCAACCUUGACUGUGACCUUCAGCGUCCCGACCACCCUGUGAUUCCUUGAUCUGUCAGUGAGAACUCACGUCCCAAAGGCUCUGUGGAGCUCUGCUGUCACUCCCUGACAAAGCACUUCCUGCACUCAGCUUUAUGGCAUAGGCCACAUAGUAAGACCGUUCAGAGCGAGGGCCCUGGGGGUCACGCCACUUGGAGUCCAGCUUUUCUAACUGUGUGACCUUGAACGGCUUCCUUAAACCUCCCUGAACCACAGCUCCAUUGUCUUUAAGAUGAGAAAAUAAUCAUUCCUUCCCGGGAAUGUUGUGAGUAUUGAGUGAGGCGGUGCAGGUCAAGUGUCUAUUAAACACUAGCCACAGUUGUAUCACUGUGUGUCAGAGCCAGUCUGACAAAAUACAUUCUCAGCUGCAUUGUCUAACGCUCAAAUUCUGAACUCACAUGAGCCUUGAAAUUGUGCCAUGGGGACCACGUGCUCCCAGCUUAGACUCAGUAGCAUUUAAUGAUGGUGGGCAUGUCAUCACAGGAAACUCACUUUGUUUCCUUGGCUGUAUGAAUGAAGCUGUUGCUAGAGAAUUAGCAAUUCUAGGCUGGGCACAGUGGCUCAUGCCUGUAAUCCCAGCACUUUGGGAGGCUGAGGCAGGUGGAUCACUUGAGGUCAGGAGUUCGAGACCAGCCUGGCCAACAUGGUAAAACCCUGUCUCUACUAAAAAUACAAAAUUAGCUGGGCGUGCCUGUAAUCCCAGCUACUCGGUAGGCUGCGGCAGGAGAAUUGCUUGAACCCGGGAGGCGGAGGUUGCGGUGAGCUGGGUUCACACCAUUCCACUCCAGUCUUGGCGACAGAGUGAGACUUCGUCUCAAAAAAAAAAGAGUUAAUAAUUCUUUACAGAGUAUCUCCUGCAUGCCAGCGGGCUGUGGACAUCUGGAAGAAGCCACAUGCCUUGCCUCCAAGUUGCUUAGGGUGGAAGGAAAUGAUUAGAAAUGAGCCAAGCCGAGCCUGCACUCGUAGAGUAAGUGUGGUGGCCUCAGACAGAGGAGAGAUCCCUGGGACCUAGGAGGUCCGAGCCUUCCACUGGACAAUUUGUGAGGAGAUUGCGUUUCCUGAGCAGGACACUGUGUUGCAUUACAUUGGUAACCCCAAUUUAAGGCAGCAUAAAUGCGCUGGGAAAAGAGCGGUAUUGGUUAGCCUUGGAAGUGGUUUUUAGGAUGAUUAUAAUUUUUUUUGUGGAUAUUCAUUUGAUGUGGAUAGUUGGGGUGAGUGCUGCUUUCCGUCUUCUAAUGGGGGCCUGGGGAAGGCUAAAUUGCAUUUUUUAAGGUCUGUGACGCCUGCUGCAGGACCUGCAGUGGGGGAAAAUUCCCCAGGAUGGGGCUUCCUCCCUAUAAGGUGCUCAGGGCUGAAAAUCAGGAGCCAGAAGGCUGAAAGUGACCGUGCCUCCCUUAAUGGAUGUCUUCCUUGUUUCUGUGGCCAGGGAGAUACUUCAGGGGAUUACCGGAAGAUUCUGCUGAAGAUCUGUGGUGGCAAUGACUGAACAGUGACUGGUGGCUCACUUCUGCCCACCUGCCGGCAACACCAGUGCCAGGAAAAGGCCAAAAGAAUGUCUGUUUCUAACAAAUCCACAAAUAGCCCCGAGAUGCACCGUCCUAGAGCCUAGGCCUGUCCUCCACCCCUCCUGACCCGUAUAGUGUGCCACAGGACCUGGGUCGGUCUAGAACUCUCUCAGGAUGCCUUUUCUACCCCAUCCCUCACAGCCUCUUGCUGCUAAAGUAGAUGUUUCAUUUUUCUGACUCAUGCAAUCAUUCCCCUUUGCCUGUGGCUAAGACUUGGCUUCAUUUCGUCGUGUAAUUGUAUAUUUUUAUUUGGUGGCAUAUUUUCUUUUCUUACAGUCAUUGCCAGACAGAUGCAUACAAGUCUGUUUGCUGCGUACACAUUUCUGGUGAGGGCGACUGGGCGGGUGAAGCGCCGUGUCCUCGCUGAGGAGAGAAAGGGAGGCGUGCCUGGGAGGGUAGCCUGUGCCUCUGGUGAGUGUGUCACGAGCUUUGUUACUGCCAAACUCACUCCUUUUUAGAAAAACACAAAAAAAGGGCCAGAAAGUCAUUCCUUCCAUCUUCCUUGCAGAAACCACGAGAACAAAGCCAGUUCUCUGUCAGUGACAGGGCUUCUUGUAAUUUGUGGAAUGUGCCUUAAACCUUGAAUGUCUGUAGCCAAAACUUGUUUCCACAUUAAAAGUCAGCCAGCUCUGGAAUGUUCUGGAAA